AAAAUAAAAAUAAAAAUACUCAAACCAAUCAAUACAUAAAUUUUAAAUACAUUUAUUUUGUAUCUAUUAAAUAAAAAAAAUUUAAAACCUUAGUUUAUCAUGUGCCCUUACUAAAGCCUUGGCUAAUUCAUAGAAAUUGUAUCAAUUUGUACCGUAGAAUCCACUUAUUCAGAAACCCUAAACCCUGCGUCUCCUUCCCGCUGUGCAAGUGUGCAAGUGCAACACAACAAACGAACACAAACAAAAGGCCAAGGGGGACACUGUUCUUUUUACUUCCCUAACCCUCUGACACUGUUCUCUAUCGCCAUACCAUGGGGAAGACCAAGAAGAACAAGAAGAGCAACAAGAAAUCCGGUCCUGAUGCCGUAGCCAUGAAAUUGAAAGCAUCUUCUAAGGGCGCCAACAACCCUUUCGAGUCCAUCUGGUCUCGAAGGAAGUUUGACGUCCUUGGACAGAAGCGCAAGGGGGACACCCGCCGCAUCGGCCUCGCUCGCUCUCUCGCCAUCGAGAAGAGGAAGAAGACACUGCUGAAGGAGUACGAGCAGAGCACUAAGUCUUCGGUGUUUGAGGAUAAGCGAAUUGGUGAGGGAGAUGAAGCACUUGAUGAGUUUGGCAAGGCUAUCUUGAGAACCCAGCGAGAACGCCAGUUGAACAUGAAACUAAGCAAGAAAAGCAAGUAUCACCUGUCGGAUGAAGAGGAUGAUUUUGAUGAACCUAAUGCUUUGGGUUUGGGAAGAGAUGAUUUUGAGGAUGAAAUGCUUCCAGACGAUGAUGGUGACGAAGCUUAUGAAACUAAAAGAAAAUCAGCUUCGGGGCUGCAUAUGCAGAUUCCAACGGAGACAAGUGUGGCUGAAGGUGAAGCAAAUAAGAAGAAAAGUCAUGCGGAGGUUAUGAAGGAAAUUAUUGCAAAAAGCAAAUAUUUUAAGGCUGAAAAAGCGAAAGAAAAGGAAGAAAAAGAAGAAUUGCUUGACGAAUUAGAUAGGAAGUUCACUUCUUUGUCUCAAUCUCAAGCAUUAGUUUCUCUAACGAAACCGAAUAAUUAUUCUGAGCAGGAAAAACCAGAUGAGUAUGACAUACUUGUCAAACAAAUGGGACUGGAGAUGCGUGCUCGUCCUUCAAAUAGGAUAAAGACACCAGAAGAGAUAGCUCAAGAAGAAAGAGAACAUUUAGAGGAAAUGGAGAGAUUUGUCCUUGUCCCUUUGGCUUCUGAAGAUUCAAGUGAUGAAGACAAUGAAGAUUCAGAAAAGGCAUCUAAACAGAAUCCAAGAUCUCUAUCUGGUGAUGAUCUUGGUGAUUCCUUCUCUCCAAAUGAAGAAACUAUGGCUAAGAAGGGUUGGAUUGAUGAGAUUCUUGAAAGAAAAGACGAGGAAGAUUCUGACAGUGAAAAGAGUGAUGGUGAAUAUUCCGAUGACUUAGGAAGCUCAGAAGGUGCUGAUGAGGAUCUUGAUGAUCAUGAGAAGGAUCUUUCUUUAAAAGAUUGGGAGCAAAGUGAUGAUGAUAAUAUUGGAAUAGAUCUGGAAGAUGAAGAUAAUGAGGAAGAAAGCAAAGAAAGAACUUCAGAAGAAGUUGAUGGGAAAAAUUUUGUGGGUACGAGUUCAAAGAAAGACAUGAAGGAUCCUUUACAAGCCAAAAAAAUAGAUGUUGGAGGAAAACAGUCGAAAGAGUUGGACAUACCUUAUAUAAUUGAAGCCCCCAAGAACAUUGAAGAAUUAUAUUCCCUGCUGGAUAAUUGCUCUAUUUCUGAUACCAUCCUAGUAAUCAACCGGAUUCGGAAAAGCAAUCCAAUCACACUUGCAGUGGAAAAUCGCAAGAAAAUGCAAGUAUUUUAUGGGGUAUUAUUGCAGUAUUUUGCUGUUAUGGCAACCAAGAAACCUUUGAAUGUUGGGUUACUCAAUAUGCUAGGGAAACCAUUGAUAGAGAUGAGUAUGGAGAUACCAUACUUUGCUGCAAUAUGUGCUCGUCGCAGAAUAGAGAGUAUUAGAAAGCAGUUUGUUGAGAGUAUCAAGAAUCCAGAAAGCAGCAGUUGGCCUUCUACAAAGACAUUAUUUCUCUUACGAUUGUGGUCCAUGAUAUUUCCAUGCUCUGACUUCAGGCAUCCAGUUAUGACCCCUGCGAUUCUAUUGAUGUGCGAGUAUCUCAUGCGUUGCCGGAUAGUAUCUGGUCGGGAUAUUGCCAUUGGCUCUUUCUUAUGCUCAAUGCUUCUCUGUGUAUUUAGACAGUCGAGAAAGUUUUGUCCUGAAGCAAUAAUGUUCCUCCAAGAUGCGCUGAUUGCAGCGGCUGAGAGUAAUAUUUCGCAUACAGAUUCACAGGCAUAUCAACCUAUGGAACUGAAAGCUCUCAAGCCUGUGUUGUGCAUAUGUGAAACUGUAAAUGAGAUUAGUCCUCUGAACUUUUUCCAGAUAAUGGACAUGCCGGAGGACUCUUCUAUUUAUUCUUCUGAUAAUUUCAGGGCUAAUGUGUUAGUUGCUGUUGUCGAAACUCUACAAGGAUAUGUCGAAGUGUAUGAAGGCUUAAGCUCAUUUCCUGAAAUAUUUUUACCAAUUUUGAGGAUUCUAUUUGAGAUAUCAGAACAGAAAAAUAUGCCAAAUGCAUUAAGAGAGAAAAUUAAAGAUGUGACUGAGCUAAUUAAGGCGAACAUAGAUAAACAUCACACUUUGAGGAGACCACUUCAAAUGCGAAAACAAAAGCCAGUACCAAUCAAAUUAUUGAAUCCCAAGUUUGAGGAGAAUUACGUCAAGGGUAGAGAUUAUGAUCCAGACCGUGAACGAGCCGAAAUGAGAAAGUUGAAGAGACAGUUGAAGCGUGAAGCAAAAGGAGCUGCUCGUGAAUUGCGUAAAGACAAUUAUUUCUUGCUUGAGGUGAAGGAUAAAGAAAGGUCUUUACAAGAAAAAGAAAGAACUGAGAAGUAUGGUAGAGCUAAGGCAUUCCUUCAAGAACAAGAACAUGCUUUCAAAUCUGGACAACUGGGAAAAGGGAGGAAGAGGAAGAGAUAAAUUUAACUUCGGCUUUCUUUGAUACUGCGUUAACGAAUUGAGACAUGCAUGGGCCCCUACUUCACAUUAAAGAGCUCAAGGGAUUGCUUUUCUUGUAGUCUAAGUCAGCAUGGAGCAUGCCAUUCGACCCGCAUUGGUUGUCACUAAGUACGCUUUCCACUUCCUGCUCAAUCUUUAGGAGUUGAAGCAGAAAUGAUGCAGGUUAAUCUUCUUGAAAAGAAAGUGUGUGUUGGUGAUUGUUAGCGGGAAGAUACCAAUUUUGUUUGAAAUUUAAUACUUAAGUGCUUGUAAUAUUCAAAUUACAGAAAGGAGUCCUAAAACUUUGUACGCUGAAAGGUGAAUAAUAUAUUGAGGCAAAAAAUUUUGUUGGAGUAA